AUGCGGGAGGCGCCGGCACGCGCGCCGCCGUCACCGGCCGGCCGCCAGUCGAUCGCGGAACGUUUCUCGAGCGGUACGCGCCCUGCCGUCGAACACGCUCCCCUCGCGAUCACAACUUCGCGCCUCCGCGGCCAAGCACACGAUCAGUCGCCGCUGCGACCGGCUGCGACCCGCACCCGCUUAGCGCGGCCGAGCAUGACGAUGGAUCAGCAGACAGGCCUCAUGUCCCUCAAUAUGUCCCCGUUCGACCUGAGCCCAGGACCGGAGGGCUCCGGUUCGGGAGGCGGGCCCUCGGGGGCCUCGCAGCAAUAUGUGCCACAGGGCGCUGCCUACCAGUGCGCGCCCGACCAGCAGCCUUUCGGCUAUGCCAAUUUGGACACUUCAUAUCUAUUCCCGACAGGCACCGGCGAGCCGGGCGCCUACUUGCCAGCCGCUGGCACUGUUUGCGACCAGACCGACACCAAGGACGUGAUAGAGGAACUGUGCCCCGUGUGCGGGGACAAAGUCAGCGGCUACCAUUAUGGCCUCCUCACCUGCGAGUCCUGCAAGGGAUUCUUCAAGAGGACCGUACAGAACAAGAAGGUGUACACAUGCGUCGCGGAGCGCGCCUGCCACAUUGACAAAACACAGAGGAAGCGAUGCCCAUUCUGCCGCUUCCAGAAGUGCCUCGACGUCGGCAUGAAGCUCGAAGCGGUCCGCGCCGACCGCAUGCGAGGUGGCCGCAACAAGUUCGGCCCCAUGUACAAACGCGACCGCGCACGCAAGCUGCAGAUGAUGCGCCAGCGCCAGAUAGCGGUGCAGACGCUGCGCGGCUCGCUCGGCGACGGGGGCCUGGUGCUCGGCUUCGGCUCGCCAUACGCUUCGGUGCCGGUGAAGCAGGAGAUCCAGAUCCCGCAGGUGUCCUCGCUCACCUCCUCGCCGGAGUCGUCGCCGGGGCCAGCCCUACUCGCGGCGCCGCCGCAGCCGCCCCAGCCGCCGCAGCAGCCGCCCACGCAUGACAAGUGGGAGGCGCACUCGCCCCACUCCGCCUCGCCAGACGCGUUUGCCUUCGACGCCCCGGCCACCGCCGCCGCCACGCCGUCCAGCACGGAGCCCACCAGCACAGAGACCCUCCGCGUCUCACCGAUGAUCCGCGAAUUCGUCCAGACCAUCGACGAUCGCGAGUGGCAGAACUCGCUCUUCGGACUCUUGCAGAGCCAAACCUACAACCAGUGCGAAGUCGAUCUGUUCGAGUUAAUGUGCAAAGUGCUGGACCAAAAUCUCUUCUCGCAGGUCGACUGGGCGCGGAACACCGUGUUCUUUAAGUAUUUAAAGGUCGAUGACCAGAUGAAGCUACUGCAGCACUCAUGGUCCGACAUGUUGGUCUUAGAUCACCUCCACCAGCGGAUGCACAACGGGCUCCCCGACGAGACAACACUGCACAACGGACAGAAGUUCGACCUCCUUUGCUUGGGCCUCCUAGGUGUGCCCUCGCUGGCCGACCACUUCAACGAUCUGCAGAACAAACUGGCCGAGCUGAAAUUCGACAUACCGGAUUACAUUUGCGUGAAAUUCCUGCUCCUCCUCAAUCCCGAGGUGCGCGGUAUCGUGAACGUAAAAUGCGUGCGCGACGGCUAUCAGACGGUUCAGGCCGCUUUGCUCGAUUACACGCUCACCUGCUACCCGUCAAUACAGGACAAAUUCAGCAAGCUGGUGAUGGUGGUCCCCGAGAUCCAUGCGCUGGCUGCCCGGGGUGAGGAGCACCUGUACCAGCGGCACUGCGCCGGCCAGGCCCCCACACAGACCCUCCUCAUGGAGAUGCUGCACGCCAAGCGCAAGCCAAACGGAGGCGAAAUGGUUAACCGGAACGCCGAGCACACCUCGACUCUAGACAGAUUGUGCGGUUUCCUGCCAACCGACACGAUUGAACCGCAUUCGCCAAUA